CGUCGAUUUCGUACCUGCGCCUGGCGUCGUCACAUGCGCUGGAGGAUCGUGCCCAGACAAGCGACGCAAAGCAAAGCACAUUCAAAAGCUCUCAAUCGCCCGUUACAGAGGAAUACAUCUUCCUUGACCCUGAUCCUCGCGUUGGUGUCCUGUUCAGCAUCCGUAGCAACCUCUCCAGUCAUAUGCCACUCCCUUCGCUGAACCGAAAGUGUCAACCUCGCUGACUCUCGGCGGCUGUGGCACGUACCGCCCUCUGCGAGGCGCAAGGCAGCAUCAUUACCAGCUCCAGACAUACGUCGUGCUCCCUAGCACACAAGGAAGCCUCUGCACAGGAACCGGGGCAGGGGACACUCUUGCAUACGUGACCUAAUCCAUCUGACAGCGGCUAAGUUAUACGUGGAACUAGCCACAUCAAGUCUUCAUCAUGGCUGCUUCUCUCCAGCAGGAAACCACAAUUCUACCCUAUAUACCACCCCGCACCUCGUCGCACCGCCGCCAAAGCUCCUCAGGCACUGCAUUUUUACCCGAAGAUUUGAACAUCGUCCCUGCCGGCCCCUCCAGCAGCCCAAACAGACCCAAGUCCAUGAGCGCGAACAAGAGGAUGAGCGGGACCGCCACAUCCACUACGACAACAACCACAACGGCGGCUGCAGGCCAGCAGGCGUUGAAUGGAGUAGGCAGCAGUGGCAACAAGUUCAACGCGGGAGCCGGUGCGACUCGCUUCCCCUUCAAAGCGAAAAGUGCUUACUUUACCUCGUCGCAUACAGAAUUUCAAGCCGCCCUCGCCGCUAGCGGUAACAACAACAACGAAAGAGAUCCCAAGCGCGUGUCGCAGCCGAUCUCCUCACCUCCACGGGACUCGUCGUUGUUGCGCACGAGCAGACCGAAGAGCCUGUCGAGCCCGUUCGAAGGCAAGGAAAAGCUAGUCUUGGAAGGAAACGGCCCAUUCGAGCCGCCCAGGAACUUUGGAGACAAAUUCAUUGAUGGGAAGGUGCCCACAUGGACAGCAGAAAAAGAAGGCAUCCUCAUGGGGCCAUAUGAUUAUUUGUACGGGCAUCCAGGGAAGGACAUCAGAGCGCAACUGAUUGCAGCGUUCAAUGUGUGGCUCAAAGUGCCGGAUUCGAGUCUGGCUAUCAUCACAAAAGUGGUAGGCAUGCUUCACACGGCAAGCUUGCUCGUCGACGACGUCGAAGACUCUUCGCUCCUACGCCGAGGGAACCCGGUCGCACAUUCCAUCUUCGGUACGGCACAAACUAUAAACUCUGCGAAUUACGUCUACUUUCUUGCGCUUCAACAACUUACCGCUCUCCCCCACGCCAACUUCGCCAUCCAGAUCUUCACCGAGGAGCUUCUUAUGCUGCAUAGAGGACAAGGCAUGGACCUUUUCUGGCGAGACACGCUCACCUGCCCAUCUGAGGAUGAUUACCUCGAGAUGGUGUCUAACAAAACUGGAGGUUUAUUCAGGCUGGCAAUCAAACUCAUGCAGGCAGAGUCGCCGGUAGCGGACCGCAUAGAUUGCGUUCCACUCGUCUCGACGAUCGGAUUGCUCUUCCAGAUUCUAGAUGACCUGCUCAACCUCUCGUCGCCUACAUACACGCAACGCAAGGGCCUGUGCGAAGACCUUACGGAGGGUAAAUUUUCUUUCCCAGUCAUUCAUGCGAUCCGCGCGGAUCCUUCCAAUCGCGUCCUUAUCAAUAUCCUUAGGCAGAAGACUACCGACGAGGAAGUCAAGAAGUACGCUGUUAGCUACAUGGAGCGCAUGGGAAGCUUUAGCUACACACGCAAGGUGCUCGGCGUGCUCGAGCAGAAGGCUUUAAGUCUUGUGAGAGAGGGCGAGAUGCUUGUCGGCGGCGAGGAGGGAAGGAGAGGCGCCGAGAAGAUCAAAGGUAUCUUGGGCAUGUUGAAAGCGCUCUAGGUAUUUCUUGUAAGAGUUGGGAAUCUAUAGAUUGGAGCUACAGAUCUUUGGUUCAUUGUUGGUGGUUCUGUUCUUGGUUGUACUUUGAGGGAAGUGCUUGUAUAUGCUUUGCGUGUGGACUGUAAGACGGCAUCGUCGGGUCGAGGCGAUUUGGGAGGGACAGAUUUUGGAAUAUACCCGGUAGCGCAUGGUUGACAGCUGCCACUGAAAGCUGCCACAUACCCAAUGUAAUAAUGGAUCGCUCCUUGAGCACAAGUCACGCUUUCGUUCUCUUUGUACAUAGGCACAUCUCCUAUAUUGCACUGUGAGGAAGUGGGAGCUGUAGGAUGCCACAUAUGACACACGGUAGCAAGUCAGGAAAGACGAAUAGCUAAUCGAUUGUCGUUUACUAGUAGUCAUGAA